AUAGUAAGACAAUGAUUUUUGGGUUUAUAUAUUUUCCCAACCUCUGACAAAACAUUCCUGUUAUGCUGCUUUCUCUUCUUAUGUCAUAAGAGUAUAAGACUAAAAGAGCAUUCUCAGAAUUGUUCUAUGGAAAAAACAGUAUCUGCCCGUACCAAUGGAAACACAAAUUACCAAUCCGAGGAAAGUGGUUGGACUUCUUACUUUGAAGAUUUCUCUAAAGACAUUGAACCAAGUUACUGUUCUUCAAGUUUAGGUGGUUCCUCUUUGGUCUCAGAUGCUGCUUCUUGUGCUGCAUGGAAAUUUUCACAUAAAAAUCAUGUUAGAAAUUCACCAAACCUCUCUAAGAAACUCUCUUUGAAGAAAUCAAGAACCAAACAAAUAUCAGAAGAUGACCCUUUGGAGGACACUGCUAGCUCACCUGUCAAUAGUCCUAAGGUUAGUGACAUGAAUCCAACAACAAUGAUUUCAAGGAAGAUGGAUGAUCAACUAGAUGGCUCUAGGGAUAGGGGAUUUAAAUCAGAGCAUUAUCAAAAGCUAGAGACAAAUGAUUGUGAUAUGAAUUUCAAUGGAAAAAAUAUUGAGUGCGCAGAUUUGAAGAAAAGGGGACUUUGCUUGGUUCCUAUGUCCAUGUUGGUUAAUUACUAUGGAUGAGGUAUAGUGUUUUGGUUCUUUGUCUAUAAUCCUCUUUCUUCUUUAUUUCUCCUUCUCUUGGUGAUCUCAUGUGUAGGCUUAAGGAAAUGGAUUUGAUGUAAUUAAUAGUAGUCCUUUGGACUUAAUGAUCUCGAUUGUUGAUGAAGAUUGGACGGUUGAGAUUUUGAGUUUUCAGUUUGGCGAAGGAAAUGAAAUUGGUUCAAUCAGUAGUCAUUACACUUAAUAUUCUUAAUUGUUGAUGAAGAUUGGACGAUUGAGAUUCUGAGUCUUCAACUUGCCGAAGAAAAUGGAUUUGAUGUAGCCAAUAGUUAUUGUACUUAAUAAUCUUGGUUGUUUAUGAAGAUCGGACGGCUGAGAUUCUAAGUAUCUACCAUGCCGAAGUCACUAUAAAAGACACUAAUGGUUUAGAUUUACCAAUUUAAGUGUAUGUAUGAGAUUAUUGACUUUAGUGAAUCUAAGUCCAUAGCAGCUUAAGUGCUCAUGUUAAAUUGGUAUAUACAUAGCAUGCUCAAUAGUGACUGAAAUAACUUGUACCAUACCUAUCAUUGUUCACAUGCUCAUAACUUGAGGUAAGAAUUGAUGUUUUAUUAA